GGAGCCACGCAUGCGUCACGCACAAGUUCGCGGCUGCCGUCGUGAUGGGUGCCAAGGCCCUAGGCUUAGAAAUUUUGCAACUGUGUAAUGAAAGGGGACCCGUAUUGAAAAGAUAAGUGCUCAUUCGAACAAGCAAAGCACCAACGAAGGACUGUCCAACAUGGAGACCGAAUCCCAGAUGCAGGAAACUGUGUACGGGACGAAUAACGAAGACAGCCACGACGUGAUGUCUGAAAAAGUGCAGUCACUGGCUGGUAGCAUUUAUCAGGAAUUCCAGCGUAUGAUAUCAAAAUACGACGAAGAUGUGGUCAAAGAUUUGAUGCCGCUUGUUGUGAAUGUGUUAGAAAAUUUGGACCUUGCGUGUAUGGAAAAUCAGGAGCACGAAGUUGAACUGGAGCUCUUACGAGAAGAUAACGAACAGUUGGUGACACAAUAUGAACGUGAAAAACAGCUCAGGAAAGCGUCCGAACAGAAACUUUUGGAAGUGGAGUACACGGUGGAUGAUGACCGGCGUGACCUUCAGGGGAAGGUGGAGGGCUUGGAGUCGGUUGUCCGCAUGUUGGAGCUCAAGUCCAAGAACACCUCAGAUCAUGCAACAAGAUUAGAAGAGAAAGAAUCAGAAAUGAAGAAAGAAUAUGCUAAGCUUCAUGAGCGUUACACAGAGCUUUUCAAGACACACAUGGACUACAUUGAAAGAACCAAGAUCCUUUUCGGAUCUGACCGCAUGGAGACUGUGGGCUCCAAAGGAAAGGCUGGACUGCACUUUGCUCUGAGCAAGUCUCCAGGAGGUCCCCCAUCCCUGAGCUCGACCGGUGACAUCACACCAGGCAAGACGAUAUCCAGUCCUCACGACUACCCAGACAUGGUUUCGCCAACAAAGAGCUCGGAUUCCAAUGCGAGUCUCAAAAGUGAAAUGCACGAAACAAAAACAGGUCCAGCACCCCUACAGCCUUGUCAGCCACCGCAGAUACAGAAGAGUGGCUGGGUGGACGGAUUCAGUACGGACAUGUCCAUGUCUGAAGCCACCUCAAUUACUCCGGAAAUCGAAGACGUCGAGGACAUCGCCCAUGACAAUGAGGUUGGCGUGGACCACACAAUGGUUCACAGGGAACAGCGUAGGCCAAAUACUCUGUACCAGGAACUCAGUUUCCAUGACGACAUGAUUGGCGACGCUGAAGAUGCUUCUGAUGUAACUGACAGUGACAGUGACAAUGAACAAGAUUCCCUGGGUACCAAGAAUGUUACUGACAACAUAUUUGGUAUGGGCAAGGAGGUUGAGAACAUCAUAAUGGAAAACAUCGAACUGCUCGCAACAAAGAAUGCACUAAACAUAGUAAAAGAUGACUUAAUUGCCCGGGUAGACCUACUCACCAGCGAGAAAGAAAUCCUUCAGGGAGAAAUGAAGGCACUCGAACACAUACGAGAUGCCCAGAAGCACAAAAUUCACCAACUGGAGGAAGAAGUGAGGAAACUAAAGGAGGAAAUGGACAAGUCAAAAGUAUCCAAGUCUGAUGAUGAGCAGGAAGAUGUCCCAAUGGCUCAGCGCAAGAGGUUCACGAGGGUAGAGAUGGCUAGAGUGUUGAUGGAGAGGAACCAGUACAAAGAGCGGUACAUGGAGCUGCAGGAGGCCAUUCGGUGGACUGGCAUGAUCAAGGCAUCUCGUGCCGAUCCCACCAUUGAUUCCAAAAAGAACCGCUCCUCCAUCUGGAAAAUCUUCAGCAACCUGUUCAGCACAGCAGACAAGCCUCAGCAGAAGCAGACGUCCAUGGUCAACGUGCGCUACAACGUGCCCUCCGCUCGGCUUAGUCCAGCGUUGGAAUCAAUGAGGAAAAAGCGCCUCGGCGAGAAGCACAGGGGGUUCGACUUCCUCGACAGUGACUUGGCCUCGGAACGGUUGCAAGCCCAGCGUGCUCGUGAGCGCCGCGAACAGUACAAGCAGGUGCGCGCACACGUCCGCAAGGACGAUGGCCGAGUCCAGGCGUACGGGUGGAGCUUACCAACGAAAACGACUCCUGUCAAGCUGGAUGUACCCCAACCAGCUGCUCACAGAGGUGCCCCCUCGCACGUUCCUGUGCCGGUCCCCGUCUUCUGCCGGCCAUUGCAGGACACAAGGACUCCUGCCAAGGUUUGGUGCGCUGCAGGUGUGAACCUAAGUGGAGGACGUACACGUGAUGGAGGCACAAUAGUCGGUGCCAGCAUCUUCUACGAGGGACAGGGUACCCCUCCCCUACCAUCCCCUACGACUGAUGUGGACAGGUUGGACAGAGAGCUCAAGGAGCAGGAAGACCAUCGAAAGGAACAAGAGGAGCUGGCACAUCACCUAUCGUCCCUGGUGUGGAUCUGUACGUCAACUCACACCAGUAGUGAGGUGUCUGUCAUAGACGCCAACAAUCCCUCGGAUGUCCUGGAUUCCUUCAAUGUGUGUGCAUCGCAUCUUCUCUGCAUUGCCUCUGUUCCAGGGGCCAAAGAAACUGACUAUCCUGUUGAUGAAGAGUUUCACAAAUUAGGCGUAGAUGAUGUUCCCGCACACGUUCCUCAAACGAAAGAGGCAAAGGCAGAAGACUCCGACGUGAACCCUAGAAUCGGAGGGUUGACUUUCAUUUCCUGCGCAACGGGAAGUACCAGUGGUCCACCAACGCCACCUCCUGUAGAAAGUAGCGAACCAAUUCUACUGAAGAAAAGCAGUUCCACUCCAGCCGGUCAGGAGGCCUCCUCGUCACUUGCGGAAGCAGUAGAAGCACUAGAAGAACUCCAGACUGGAGACGCUCAAACAGACACGUCCAAGCCAAAGAACAUUCGCCGUCCAUGGGUGCUCCUGAGCGAUGACGCUCCCCCGGAUAUCAUCAAGGACGGGAUCUCGGAGCUGCCGACGGCCAAUCACGUGGCCUAUGACCAGUUGGAAAAGAUGUCGAGCGUCCUUCCCACGAUGUGGCUAGGAUCUCAGAGCGGAAGCCUUUCUGUCCAUUCCUCAGUGGCGCAGUGGAGGGUGUGUAUAGACUCGGUGAAGCUCAAUGACUCUGUGCUCAGCAUUGUCCACAUAAAAGGACGAGUGUUUGCAGCUUUAGCAGAUGGCACAGUCGCCAUAUUUCACAGGAAGGAAGAUGGUCAGUGGGACUUAAACAACUACCACCUACUGGACCUGGGAAAGCCUCAUCACUCGAUUCGAUGCAUGACAGUGGCACACAGCAAAGUAUGGUGUGGGUAUCGCAAUAGAAUACACGUUGUCAACCCGAAGACGCUCGCUGUUGAGAACUCAUUUGAUGCCCACCCUAGAAAGGAGAGCCAAAUUCGUCAGAUGGCCUGGGUGGGAGAUGGUGUGUGGGUGACCAUCCGAUUGGACAGCACCCUGCGUCUGUACAAUGUCCACACCUACCAGCACCUGCAGGACAUCGACAUCGAACCCUACGUCUCCAAAAUGCUCGGCACCGGCAAGCUGGGCUUCUCCUUCGUUCGCAUAACGGCACUCCUCAUUUCCUGCAACCGGCUUUGGAUGGGAACCGGCAACGGCGUCAUCAUUUCGGUACCUCUCUCCGAAGCGGGCAACAAACCUAAAGAUGCCUCCGUGAAGAUGCCAGGUGCCGUGGUACGAGUAUACAGCGACAGCAAGGAGAACAUAACAACGGGUAGCUUUGUUCCCUACUGCUCAAUGGCUCAGGCUCAACUCUCUUUCCACGGCCAUCGCGAUGCUGUCAAGUUUUUUGUGGCUGUACCUGGCAAGGGCAGUUCCAUGAUGUCAUCGCGGACGAGUGAGGACAACUCCAAGCCCAAGGGGAUGCUCAUCCUGUCUGGUGGAGAAGGAUACAUUGACUUUAGGAUUGGAGAUGGCGAAGACGACGACGGGAGCGGAGAGGCCCUGCCGGGUGCGUCGGGCGACAAGAAGCCACAGCAGGGUCUCAGCAAGGGUGAUCGCAGCCACCUCAUUGUGUGGGAAGUGGCACUUAAUGGCUGAGAAGACCUUUACAAUCUUUUAUAGCUUUAUGUCUUGCCCAAUGAAAAGACACCUAGGUGUGGACGUCCCCUGCUUAGAAAUUGGCCACGAUGGGACUGGCUCGGAAAGAUAAAAUGCCCCCUUUGUUUUCAUGCAAACCAGGUUGUGGUGUAGCAGACACACGCGUGCAAAGAUAUCUCGCAUUUCCUCCUCCGCUUUACUGUGGAGGCUAAGGUUGAGAUUAAUGAGUUGCUGAGAGUUAUAUUUUAGAGUAGAAUCAGUCUGGAACUUUGUGCUCACUAUAUUCUUAAAACAGAACUCGACCUCAUAACAUGCUGAAGGCCAAACAUUGAUCAAAGUGAUCGCUUCUGAUUUGUACAAACGCCUUUUUGUGACAAUUAACGUAACUGCGCGAGUGUCACAGAAAGGCCUCCCAUUUUUAACCAUUCAGGACUGUGCUGUGAGGUCAAGUUCCUACUCUUCAUUGUGGGAGGACUGCAUUUUCUUAUUGCGCUAUAAGCGUGGCUGUGUCAUGCUCUUUUUACACAUUUUAUUGAAAAGUGUUGCGGGGAAUUCAUUCCCAACAGGCAAGAUGUGUUUUAGCAUUGCGUUCCUGUCAGUUUUAGCUGGGCUACAUAGUCAAGUUUGAUUUUUCGGUUUUUUGUGUGCAUCACAAUACUCUCCUUUGUUUAUGACACCAGGGGUGGGAACAGUAGGAGGAGUUUUGAGACAAAUGUUGCAUUAUCGUCCAGUGAGGAUGCAGGGGGGUUGUUCGUGACUGACGAGCCGAAGAUUGUGGUAUGUGCUGACCCUCUGCUAUUUGAUGAGAGCUGUAUGCAGACUUGUGUUUGCUUUACAUGCUUGAAGCUCCUUACUUGUGUCACGAGGUUCCUGCCUGUAGACCUUGACAAAGGCCUAACGAGGACCCAAGGGAGGUGUCUCUAAAGUGGCCGUAGAAGUCCUCCUUUUUGAUACAAAAUGUGCGCGGGCCUGUUUGUGGAUAUAAUGCUUGACAAUGCUGCAACUGUGUAAUGCUAAUUUAUAAAUUUAUACACCACAUCCAUCCUGCAGAGAUGUCUGUAACCAGAAGUGGCUGUGUUUAGCGCAAGUUUUUCUGCUAUAAUAUAAGCACGAUAUGCACCUGUAUGUAUAAUAUGCAUAUACAUGUAUAUAUAUAUAUACACAUAUACAGGGUGUCUUAUUUUUAUCCUUUACAGAUAUUUUAUAAAAAGGCACGACCAUGGUUUCGGCUGAUUUGCAUAGCGAAAUUUAGCGAUGGAUGUUUCAUGGCACGCACUCGUUUCAGGAUUAUUAAAAAAUUUGAAUGGAUUUCAGUGAGGCCCGUCUCCUAUUCUGCACUUGUGCCCAAAAUUCCCCUAAUUAAAGAGUUAAUUAUAGGUAAUUAGUCAUCUUGCAGCUACAUACUUUUUUCGAGACGACAUCUGCCUGGCCACAUAACUCAACUGCAAAGACGACAUCUAUGCUGAUCUCAUUGCUAUUUUAUAAAAAAUCUGUAACGGAUAAAAAAAAAACACCCUGUAUGUACACACGCUAAAAUAUAAAUAGUAGCUACAAAGGAUUUAUGUAUUUUCAAAUGUGGCAGGUCUUGUGCAUUAUGUGUGUGUAAAGAAUGUUACGCUUACACGCUUCAGAUUAUCGCAGAUUUAAGUUACACGUGUAUAUUAUGGACUAAGCUAAGGAACUUAUCUUUACGAGCUUCAGGGAGGAACAUGUGAGCCUUCACAUGAUAUGUUUAUGUAGAUUCACACUAGACUGUUUUUCCCGUCUCGUUCGGAUAAUUAUCAGUUUGGCCAAGGCCUCAAACGUUUAUGGUAUUGAGUUACAAUUUCUGGUGGACUUCACCACAUUGCUGCAUAGUAAUAGAGGUUUUAGUGUGUGACAGCUACAGAGUAGCUCCAGCUUGCAUGUUCUAACAGAUUGCUGAUUUAGGAAGUAAUUUCUUACUUUAAAAAAAUCCCGUAUUUCCCCCUUUGUAUAUUGUACAUAUGGUAUUUAUGUAGCAGAAAUUAAAAAAAAAUAAGUGCAUCUAGUAUAUAGUGGAAAGUUGAAAGCAACCAAAGUGUUUGUACAGUGUAAAAGCUGGAUACUUGGCUACUUUGGUACUGUGUGGUGCCACGGGGUUAUUUUAUUUUUUUUCUAUCUCCUAGUCUUCCCUCUUCCAAGCUCCCUCAUCUGAUAUAUAUAUAUAAAUAUACGAUGCCAGCAUAAGUGUGACGUACGUAAUGGUGGAAAUUGUCCAUGACGGAUGCCAAUUACAAGGUCACACAAUUGUGUAAUAGUCCAGGGUGGCUGGUAAUGAAUCCUUUCAAAGGACCCUCGUUUGUAUAUGUAGGAAGUGUUUUUACUCCACAAUAAAUUUGGAGCAAGACAGGCA